AUGACCAGAAGACACGCUGCCGGACUUGAUCGGCCCUGGGCCUCGCAGAUCUAUGCUCAGCUGCCGGAGUGUGGCUAUACUCGUCCAGUUCCAGCUGGAGCCGCUGCACCAGCCCAAGCAGCUCCUGCACCAGCCACGACCGAUGCGCCCAUUCGUCCUGAAGACUACUCUAAGCCUUAUUGCGAGUUUAUGACUGCCAACCCGACCAUCUUCCAUGCCGUCAAGUCUUUCUCCCAAGACCUCGAGAAGAACGGCUACAAGCAGCUGUCUGAACGUGCGGUGUGGACCUCCGAGCUAAAGCGCGGCGGCAAGUUCUAUGUCUCCCGUAAUGGCAGCUCGCUGCUCGCUUUCAAUAUUGGCAAGGAAUACCAGAGCGGUAAUGGUAUCGCGGUCGUGGCAGGACACGUGGAUGCUCUCACGGCCAAGCUCAAACCCGUGUCGAAGCUCCCUACAAAGGCUGGCUUCAGGCAGCUGGCAGUGGCCCCGUAUGCCGGAGGACUGGGCCCGACCUGGUGGGACCGAGACCUCGGUAUUGGUGGUCGUGUGAUUGUUCGUGAUCCGGAGACUGGCAAGGUCGAGUCUAAGCUGCUUAAGCUGGACUGGCCCAUCGCGCGUAUUCCCACUCUUGCUCCUCAUUUCGGAUCCCCUGCGAACGGACCGUUCAACCCGGAGACCCAGAUGGUGCCCAUCAUUGGUGUUGAUAACUCCGAUCUUUUCGAAACGACGACGACUGAGUCGACAGACAUCAAAGUCGGAAGUUUUGCCGCGACUCAACCCGAGAAGCUCGUCAAGAUUAUCUCCAAUGAGCUUGGUGUCACAGAUUACAGCAACAUUAUUGAUUGGGAAUUGGAGCUCUUUGACACGCAGCCAGCCCAACUUGGAGGCUUGGAGAAGGACCUGAUCUUUGCCGGUCGCAUUGACGAUAAGCUCUGCUGCUAUGCUGCUCACGAGGCACUGCUGGCGUCUAGCGACGAUACCUCCCCUGGUAUCGUUAAGAUGGUUGGAAUGUUUGACGACGAGGAGAUUGGCAGUCUGCUGCGCCAGGGCGCCAGAUCUAACUUCAUGAGCAGCGUCAUGGAGCGAAUCACCGAGGCCUUUGCCGAGGGCGCUUACGGCCCCAACCUCCUCUCACAGACCGUUGCCAACAGCUUCCUGGUCUCGUCCGACGUCAUUCACGCCGUGAACCCCAACUUUCUCAACGUAUACCUCGAGAACCACUCUCCCCGGCUGAACGUUGGUGUCACUGUCUCCGCCGAUUCCAAUGGUCACAUGACCACCGACAGCGUCAGCAACAGCAUUCUGAAACGUAUUGCUGCUCGCUGUGGAUCAAAACUGCAGGUCUUCCAGAUUCGGAACGAUUCGCGCAGUGGUGGCACCAUCGGUCCAAUGACUAGCGCGCAGAUCGGAAUGAGAUCUAUCGACUGUGGUAUCCCCCAGCUCAGCAUGCACAGCAUUCGUGCUACCACUGGGAGCUUGGACCCUGGCCUGGGCGUGAAGCUGUUCAAGGGAGUCUUUGAUUACUUUGAGGAGAUUGAUAAGGAGUUUGCGGACUUUUAA